CUCCUUUCGUCCUACAUUCAUCAGGGCCUCGGCUUUCUUCAAACCGCGUUCCGCCAGCCUCCGUCUCAGCCACGCCUCCUCUUCGGCUUCGUUCGGCCGGCUCCGGUCUUCUCAGUCUCGGCUGUUUUCGGCUACAUCCGGCCAACAUUCGUCACAGCUCGGCUUUUUUCGCCUACAUUCGCCUGCGGCCCCGGAAGGGCGCCCAUGGAGUCGGGCUUGCCGGCUCGUCGGAUCGCUAUGGCGCCGCUGCUAGAAUAUGAGAGGCAGCUGGUGUUGGAGCUGCUCGACACCGACGGUCUGGUAGUGUGCGCCCGAGGGCUUGGCGCGGACCGGCUCCUCUACCAUUUCCUCCGGCUACACUGCCACCCGGCCUGCCUGGUGCUGGUGCUCAACACGCAGCCGGCCGAGGAGGAGUAUUUUAUCAAUCAGCUGAAGAUAGAUGGAGUUGAUCACCUCCCUCGCCGUGUGACAAAUGAAAUCGCAAGUAAUGGUCGCUAUGAGGUUUACACACAAGGUGGUGUUAUAUUUGCAACAAGUCGAAUACUUGUGGUUGAUUUUUUGACUGAUAGAAUACCUUCAGAUUUAAUAACUGGCAUCUUGGUGUACAGAGCCCACCGAAUAAUCGAGUCUUGUCAGGAAGCUUUCAUUUUGCGCCUCUUUCGCCAGAAAAACAAACGUGGUUUUAUUAAAGCUUUCACAGACAACGCUGUCGCCUUUGAUACUGGUUUUUGUCAUGUGGAAAGAGUGAUGAGAAAUCUUUUUGUGAAGAAGCUGUAUCUGUGGCCUAGAUUCCAUGUAGCGGUCAACUCAUUUCUAGAGCAGCAUAAACCUGAAGUUGUAGAAAUUCAUGUUUCUAUGACACCUGCGAUGCUUGCCAUCCAAACUGCUAUACUGGAUAUUUUAAAUGCUUGUCUAAAGGAACUGAAAUGUCAUAACCCAUCACUGGAAGUGGAAGAUUUAUCAUUAGAAAAUGCUAUUGGGAAGCCUUUUGACAAGACUAUUCGCCAUUAUCUGGAUCCUUUGUGGCACCAGCUUGGAGCGAAGACUAAAUCCUUGGUUCAGGAUUUGAAGAUACUGCGGACUUUGCUGCAGUAUCUCUCGCAGUAUGAUUGUGUCACAUUUCUUAAUCUUCUGGAGUCUCUGAGAGCAACAGAAAAGGCUUUUGGUCAGAACUCAGGUUGGCUGUUUCUUGACUCCAGCACCUCAAUGUUUGUAAAUGCUCGAGCCAGGGUUUAUCAUAUUCCAGAUGCCAAAAUGAGUAAAAAAAGCAAAAUGUCUGAAAAAAUGGAGAUUAAAGAAGGACAAGAAACAAAAAAGGAACUGGUCCUAGAAAGCAGCCCAAAGUGGGAGGCACUAACUGAAGUACUAAAAGAAAUUGAGGCAGAAAAUAAGGAGAGUGAAGCCCUUGGAGGCCCAGGUCAAGUUCUAAUCUGUGCAAGUGAUGACCGCACCUGCGCCCAGCUGAAAGACUACCUCACAGCCGGGGCAGAGGCCUUCUUACUGCAGCUCUACAGGAAGACCUUUGAGAAGGACAGCAAAGCUGAGGAAGUAUGGAUGAAAUUUAGAAAGGAGGAUGGUUCAAAGAGAACUAUAAAAUCUAACAAAAGGCCCAAAGACCUCCAACACAAAGAACGGGGUUCUAUCAAAGAAAGAAUUCCCAAAAAGAAAAAACGCAGGUUGACUCUAACUCAAAUGAAAGGAAAAUCUGAAGAAGUGGAAGAGGAAGAGGAUGUCAAGGAAGGAUAUCCCAGAGAAAUAAGCAGUAGCCCAGAAAGCUGCAUGGAAGAAAUCAAGCAUGAAGAGUUUGAUUUAAAUUUGUCGUCUGAUGCUGCUUAUGGAAUCUUGAAAGAACCCCUCACCAUCAUCCAUCCCCUUCUGGGUUGUAGCGACCCCUAUGCUCUGACAAGAGUUCUCCAUGAAGUGGAGCCAAGAUAUGUGGUUCUGUAUGAUGCAGAGCUCACAUUUGUUCGCCAGCUUGAAAUUUAUAGGGCAAGUAGGCCAGGGAAACCUCUGAGGGUUUACUUUCUUAUAUAUGGUGGAUCAACAGAAGAACAACGUUAUCUCACUGCUCUGCGGAAAGAAAAAGAAGCUUUUGAAAAACUUAUAAGGGAAAAGGCUAGCAUGGUUGUCCCUGAAGAAAGAGAAGGCAGAGAUGAAACCAACCUGGACUUAGCAAGAGGCACAGCGUCAACACAGGCUGCUGCUGACACCCGCAAAGCUGGCGGCCAGGAACAGAAUGGAACACAGCAAAGCAUAGUUGUGGACAUGCGUGAAUUCCGAAGCGAGCUCCCAUCUCUGAUCCAUCGCCGGGGCAUUGACAUUGAACCUGUGACAUUAGAGGUUGGAGAUUAUAUCCUGACACCAGAAAUGUGUGUGGAGCGCAAGAGCAUCAGUGACUUGAUCGGCUCUCUGAAUAACGGCCGCCUGUACAGCCAGUGCAUCUCCAUGUCUCGCUAUUACAAGCGCCCUGUGCUUCUGAUCGAGUUUGACCCCAAUAAGCCCUUCUCUCUCACAGCCCGAGGUGCCUUAUUUCAGGAGAUUUCCAGCAGUGACAUCAGUUCCAAACUCACUCUUCUCACGCUUCACUUCCCCAGACUCCGCCUUCUUUGGUGCCCUUCCCCUCAUGCAACAGCAGAGUUGUUUGAAGAACUCAAACAAAACAAGCCACAGCCUGAUGCCGCCACAGCCAUGGCCAUUACAGCAGAUUCUGAAGCCCUGCCUGAGUCAGAAAAGUAUAAUCCUGGUCCCCAAGACUUCUUGUUAAAAAUGCCAGGGGUAAAUGCCAAAAACUGUCACUCCUUGAUGAACCAUGUUAAGAACAUUGCAGAAUUAGCAACCCUCUCACAAGACAAGCUCACAAGUAUUCUGGGCCAUGCCGCAAAUGCUAAGCAGCUUUAUGACUUCAUUCACACCACUUACGCAGAAGUGGUGUCUAAAGGGAAAGUGAAAAAGUGAACAGUGGUCGCUGUUUGCUCAUUGCUGACUGCUUUCCCCAACUGUUCUCUGCCAGCCAUAUAAGUCAUUAUUAAUUAUUUGUUCAGUGAUUCAUACUUCUCCAAUGCUUUUAGUGAUCUGCACUCCGAGGUUGGUGGACCAGAAGCCACGCUUCCUCUCUGCACAUUGUGUUUAGGCAUCUUUUUAACUGUUGCUUAACUCUCUGCCCACCCUACAGUGUCCCUGGCAGACUUACAGAAGUCCAUUUUUAAAUGAGGUGCGUCAAGAUCAGGCAGUGCUUUCUGCAAGUGUUUCCUGAAGACUGUUUUGAAGCAAGGAGAGACCGUCACCUCUAAAACUGACUAGGCUCACCCUAGUAUAAGUCAUAGGAAACGUAUUACAACUUGGUUGUCCAAAAGCAUCUCCAUGUCCCUUUAUUACAAAUGAAAUGAAUUACUGGUUCACAAAACUUGGUGGUGUAGGUGAAGGAGCCCUUAAAUUUCUGCUUUUACCAAUGUUCAGCCCCCUACGUCUCAAAGAGUUCUAGGCCUAAAGGACUAGUUACAGUCUCACAAGAUCUCUUUUCCUGGCUUUUCAUGAGUCCAAGCCCCAUUCUGGCAACAUAUCAUCUUCUUUGCCUCCCUGUGAGGGACUCAGACACAAGUAAACAAGUGACCCAUAAAACUUUAAAGAUUUUCUUAUCUUUCCUUUGUGUUGAGAUAGAAGACUUGCAGAUAAAUGGAAGAUAAGCACACGGAAUAUAUAAAAAUUCAGAAAAAAUAUAUAUAUAAAAGUCCAUAAAUUAAUCUCAUUUUAAAGCUCCUGAUUGAUUUAAAUUGGCUUUUUACUGAAGUGUACAUAUAGGACAUUCAUAGCAUCUUUGUGCAGUUUUUUAACUUUGAUACUUUAACUUAGCUGUCAUAUAUUGAGUAAUGAGCAGUAAAUUUUCUACCUCAAAUUUUGAUGUAGACAUGAAUUCUGCUUGCUGUAUCACAUAGUUUAGUGUUUCAUCAGUGUCAGCUAUUUUGUAGUUUGUCGCACACACUACUGAGACAGUGGACCUUGUAAAACAAAUUGUCUUCAGUUUUAACAAAAGCACUGUAACUGGCCCUCUCAUAUUGGCAUCUUGAUUUAUAUUGGUACUUAACAGUGUAGUUGUCUGUCAGUAUCCAUGAAGGAUUGAUUCCAGGGCCCUCCCAUGGUAUCAAAAUAUGUAGAUGCUCAAGUCCCUUAUAUAAAAUGUCAUAGUAUAAUAACCAACACAUAUCCUCCUGUAUACUUUAAAUCAUCUCUAGAUGACUUAUACCUAAUACAAUGUAAAGUCUAUGUAAGUAGUUGUUACACUGUUACGCAUAAGGAAUAAUGACAAGAAGACAUCUGUACAUGCUCAAUACAGAUGCAGCUUUUUACCCAGAUAUUUUCAGUCCUGAAUUGGUGGUAAACCCAUGGAUCUAGAGCCCAUAGAUAGGGAGGGCCAACUGUAAUAAGAGUAUUACUGGGGAUACAUGGAUGUUGAACUCCAAUGCUGAGAAUGGAGCUCAGUGUAUAUUGCUUGCCCAGUGUGCACAUGGUCUUGGACUCAAGUCCCUAGCACUGCAAAACAAAAUUUGAGAUGUUUAAAACUGUAUAUAAGGAUACUGCAAGAAUGAAUUGGGCUGGGGAUAUAGCUCCGUGGCACAGGGCCUACCUGGCAAAUACAAAGUCCUGAGUUUAAUUCCUCAUUCAAAAAUAAAAAAUGAAUUGAGUGUCAAGAACUAGAUAGUUUAUGAUAGAACCUGGUAGCACUGGUGCUGAGCCUAUGGCGUGGGUUCCACCAAGGGCUGUUUGUAUCAUUGAAAGCUCUAAAAGGUUCACCAUCACUGCUACAAGGUGUUGUGGAGAAUAAGGACAAUGACAAAGAAAAAUUAGUUGAAGGCAAAACAAAGUUUGGGCUGCUCAUUUGGUCCCAGAGGUAAAAAAACAUAGGCCCUCUAGAAUAGGAUACAAAAAUUUUGAAUGAUUACAAUAUGAACAUUAACACUCACUGUUAUAUUAUCUUAUUGAGUUCAAUCAUAGUUCAUAGUUUAUUGAAGAGUUCAACCAUAGUAUAUUAAAAUAGACAUACCACUUCAAAUGGUAAUGAUUAUUAUGUUAGUUCAAUCAUAGUACACUUAAAUAGACAUACCACUUCAAAUAGCAAUGAUUAUUAUGUUCCUUCACCCUAGUCUAGCAUUUCUGCUUACGGUAUGUAAUUCCUUUUUCCUUCGUUUUCUUUUUUUUUUUUUUUUUUUUUUCUUGUAUAUUUCCACUUGCCUUCUACUGCUGUUUCAUUACAUUAAAAAAUUUUAGCACCACAUUCUGCAACGAGAGUUGCAGUCAUAGUAUAGUUUUCAAAACUAAGCACUUCUCAAAUAUCCCCUUUUAAAUAGUCUUUGUUAUCUAGUAAAACAUAGAUAACACUUUUAAAUGUAUUAUUUCUAACAUCCCUCAGUUCUCAAAAUCUGCCAGUUGCUGCUAUGCCUACUGGACAUGAAGAUAGGUGCACUGUCUUGUAUGUAUUUGAAUUACAAUCGAUUUCAAGUGAACUCUCUAAGAUAGUAGAGGUAAAGGAUUCUUACUGCCACUUUCUUUUCCAACUAAAUAAGUAUAUUUCAGUGUCUUUCCAGUUGUGGAUAGCUUUUCUUACAUCCAUAACUACUUAUUUUUGUCGAACUUUUAAUGAAUUUUUACAGUCUAAGAUUGUUUAGUAAAGGAACUAGAGAUGCAUAUCUUACAGAAUGAUAACUUUCUUUUCUAACAUUUUGCUAACUUUGCUUUCAAAGCAGUAAAUAUCCAGUUUACUGAUGAACUUGUGCAUGGCUUUUUAAAAGUCCUUUUUAAAUGAUAAAUCGAAAUUGUUCUAUAUCGGUUUUGCUUUUUUUGUCAUCUCGGUUUGGUUUUUGGGGUGCUGGGGAUUGAACCCAAGGCCUUCACCCUGACUGUGUCCCCAGCCCUUUUUAUAUAUUAUUUUGAGGUGAGGUCUCAAUAAGUCAGCAAGUUGCCCAGGCUUCAGCCUCCCAGAGUGCUGGGAUUAUAGCAUGUGUCACAAAACCCAGCCAAUUUUACACAUUUUUUUGCAUAAAAAUUUUAACAUCUGAGAAAUCAUUUUGUUAAACCAUGGUGUUUCUUUUAAUAAGUCUUUAAAAUUAUACACGACGAUCUAGAGUGGUCAUCAAUAUUGUUCUUUAGGCGCUGCCUGUUUCUUAAAAUGUGACACUUAAUAGACCAUUUGUCUACACAUCUUUGAGUGCUUUCAAUAUGCAGUUUAAACUCCCAGUUCAUAAAGAUUGGAAAAAAUCGCCACAUUCAUCAACCCUUUAAGACGGAUGAUUAAGUCCAGAUUUGGUCAUAUUGCAAUAACAUUAUAGAACUAAUAAAUGUCCUGAUAAAUGAUGCAGGAAAUCCUUCCAUGAAGCAAAUCUGAAGAAGUAGUUGGAGGAAGACAAGUACUAUUGGUUUUGUUUUUCAAGCAUGAUUUGAUUUUUCCUUUGGAUCAGAGAACUUCUUUAGGGAAAUUAUUUUUUGGUGUUCAGUUUUCAUCUGGACAAGUCCCCUUUAAAACCUACACUUUAAGAAAAUUCUCGGGUUUUAGUGGAUUAAAAUGUAGUCAAGCUUAGACAUGAAUUGUUAUUCUUUAUUAUUUGACUUUCUGUUUUGGUUUAUAGCUAUUUCCUGUCUGAUUCUGAAUUUUGUACUUAAUUAUCUUUUUUAUCAACAGAUUUUUGGUGGCCUGUAUCACGAUGCUGUUUUGUUUUGUUUUGUCUUUUUUUUAAUUUAUAGAUGUGUAAGCCACAGUGGGCUUGGGAGGAAGACAAAAGUGAAAUGUGUCUAUCUAUAACAAGUGUGUAUGAAUUUAAUUGAAAUAUAUAUUCAAUAUUUUUCUUCCCAUCUUCAGGACAAAGUAAAUAUAAUAGUGUGUAGUGGGAGAGUAUAUGUUAUCAGUAAUGUAUUGGUAAAUAUUUACAAUUCAGAGAGUAUUUAAUUAUUUUCUUUUUAAUUAUGCAGAAUAAAUGAUUAAGGCUGAAAUACCUCUUGAACCUUUACUUCUGCUGUUUGACUUGCUGCUAACCCGCCUUCUAAGGCAUCAACAUAUUUCCUUUUGCUUAUUUUCCCUUCCAUAGCAUGUCUCCUUAAGAAAAAAAGAAACCUAUUCUUUGGAAAAUUCUCAUUUAUGGAUACGUAAUGAGUGUGUCAAGUUCAAAUCCUGGGCCAUGUUAACAAAGUUAAUUGUCUACUACUACCACCAGGUACAUUUUCAUUUCAUUAACAUCAAAAUUGGAAGAAGUGAAUUGUCCCUUGACACCUCUGCGACUUAUCAUUUCUUAAGCUUAAUUAUUUAUGAAUUGGCUCCUUUCAAUGAUUUAAUGAUUGUGUGUCUGCUUUAAAGUGAGAUCUGUAUCCCUUUUUAAUAAGAUGUAAAACAUUAUUUCUCAGAAUGUUCUAAUGUAUAAAUAAAGACUGACAGGCUAAUGACCCUCCUUUAGUAGUGAUGCUAUGACUCACAUUUAUUGAGCACUUGUGCAUUAUUUCAUGUAAUCCUCACAAUAAAGCUUAUUUAUUAUUUAA